AUGUUAAGAAACGCUUUAAAAGGACAAGCACGUUUGGUGUUUAAAAGAAAUUUAUCUAUUCAUGAAUAUAGAUCAUCUCAAUUAUUAGGACAGUAUAGUAUUCCACAUCCUCGUGGUUCAAUUGCAUUUUCACCUGAAGAAGCUGAGCAAGUGGCACAUAAUUUAAAUGUUGGUACGGUUGUUUUGAAAGCUCAAGCUUUAACUGGUGGACGUGGUAAAGGUCAUUUUUUAGAAUCUGGCUUAAAAGGUGGUGUUAAAAUGGUUAAUAGUAGUGAUAAAACUGAAAUUAAGAAUUUAACAAAACAAAUGUUAGGUAAUCAUUUAAUUACAAAACAAAGUGGACCAAAGGGUAAAUUUGUUUCAGGUGUUUAUGUUGUUGAAAAAAUUGAUGCAAUUAAAGAAAGUUAUUUAUCUAUUAUUUUAGAUAGAUCAACAAGAACACCGGUGAUUGUUUGCUCAAGUGAAGGUGGUGUGAAUAUUGAAGAAACUGCUGAAAAGAAUCCAAAGGCAAUUAAAAAAUUUCAUGUUGAUCCAAAACAAGGUUUAACUGAUAUUCAAGCACAUAAAAUUGCAAAAUCUCUUGGCUUUUCAUCAAAGACCGAAAAUGAUACCGCAGAGACUGUUAAAAAACUUUAUAAAAUAUUUAUGGAACGUGAUGCAACACAAGUCGAAAUCAAUCCAUUAAGUGAAGUUACUGAUGGUCGUGUUAUGUGUAUGGAUGCAAAAUUCGGAUUUGAUGAUAAUGCAUCAUUUCGUCAAGAAGAAGUAUUUUCUUGGAGAGAUUUAACUCAAGAAGAUCCUGAUGAAGUUAAAGCUAAAAAAUUUGAUUUAAAUUUUGUUAAAUUGCAAGGUAAUAUUGGUUGUCUUGUUAAUGGUGCAGGUUUAGCAAUGGCAACAAUGGAUGUUAUUAAAUUAAAUGGUGGUGAUCCAGCAAAUUUCUUAGAUUGUGGUGGUGGUGCAACCCCUGAAACAAUUAAGAAAGCAUUUGAAUUAAUUUUAUCAAAUGAAAAAGUGGAUGCAAUUUUUGUUAAUAUCUUUGGUGGUAUCGUUCGUUGUGACCACGUUGCAUUAGGUUUAGUUAAUGCAGCAAAAGAACUUGAUGUUAAAGUACCAAUUGUUGCAAGAUUGCAAGGUACAAAAUUGGCAGAAGGUAAAGAAAUUAUUAAACAAUCCGGAAUUAGUAUUCAUUCAUUUGCUGAACUAGAUCCUGCUGCUAAGACAGUUGUUGAAUUAGCACAUGCACAUGUUUAA